AGGGAAUCAUUGGAACUGCCUGGCAAGCCUAAACGCACGCUUCCACCACCCACUGAAUUAGAGUUUAUUGGAGAAUUCCUUGGCAUUCAACAGAUUUGGUGUUGACUCAUUCUACAAGAACUCGGAGUUGACACGGCACGUUUCUGGGUGGGGAGCUGAUGAUGCGUUCCCCCCAGCCAAUGACAGCGUGCAGGUGCAGUGUUUGGCUUUUGUGGACUGCAGAGGAUCAGAAAAUAACACAUCUUUGCCCUUGACUACUCAGAGAUCUACUGUACGGUGUUUCCAAACUCAGACAACACAGCAGAGCCAAAGGUGCAGUGGGGGCAAGGCUGCUCUCAGGUCAGAGCAAACCCGUCACCAUGGAUGUGGAUGAGGAGGAGAAUAUGACUCCUCUCCCUGCACUUCUCCCUUGCACUCCCUCAACCCGACCUACAAUCCCACUCAUGCACACUGCGGCCUCUCUUUCUCCUGAGUACCGCAAGGAGUAACCUAUCAAGCCUUUGCUGAAGGAUGUUAUAAAUGAAAAUUUUUGCCAAUAUUCCAUCCACUUUGCUAACUGGAUUCAGUGAUAUGUGUUCCCCAGUAUGGUGUAUUUCAGAGCCUGCAGUUAAAAACUGAACUCUUAAAAUGUACCCAAUUUCUGUGUAGGCACUCAAGCCAUUAAAAAUUGAUAGAGUGGAUGAGAAGCAGCUCUGUGUGUGUGUGUCUCUGUUUAGUUAUGAAAUUUGUGCUUGUAUUUGUGUGCAUUUUUGUUGUAGAAUCAUAACACUUUGCAACCUGAAGUUUAAUAUUCUUCUCCCACUUUACCCUAACCUUUAAAAUAACAAACUGUCAUAAGUUCAACUUUAGGUAUGAAGUUAAUUAAUAUCCAUUGAACUAAUGAAAUUCCAUAUAACAAAGUAAAUUCUGAAAUUUUCUACAUGAUUUUACUUAUUGGCCAAGGUUCACCUCUAAGAAAUCUGCAUGCCACUUAGAGAAGUACAUAUACUGUUGGUGUUCUUCAGUUGUAGUGAUAUCGAUAGACUAAAGGCUAAUAUGUUCAAUUAAAAUAAAUGUCAGCUUCACUUGAUUCUAUGAUGGAACACAAAUCAUUGGUUCAGUUCCAAAGAGUGAUAAAGGAAUCUAUAAAUUUUGCAUUUACAAGAUCCUGCAACGAAGGCGUUGUAAGUUACUCUUUCUGGGCACCGCAGGUUCGAGCAGCACCGAUGUUAAGGAAAACCGCAACCUGGACAACGUGUCCUGCAAAGACGGGAUGGGAGUGGCUGAGCAGCUCCCAAAUGGCAGCGGCCUGGGCAGUCGAAAGCGGCCCCUAGAAGAGGGGAACAAUGGACAUACACACUCAAAGUUUCGUGCCAAAAAGCGCAAGAAAACACCGGGGCCAGUCCUGCCCAAAAACGCUCUGAUGCAGUUGAAUGAAAUCAAACCUGGUCUACAGUACAAACUGCUGUCUCAGACAGGACCAGUCCAUGCACCAGUGUUUGUCAUGACUGUUGAGGUCAAUGGACAGAUGUUUGAGGGCAUGGGCCCAACUAAGAAGAAAGCUAAACUGAAUGCAGCUGAGAAAGCGCUGCGUUCCUUUGUCCAGUUCCCCAAUGCAUCUGAGGCACACCUGGCCAUGGGUCGAACACUGACAGUGAACACAGACUUUACUUCUGACCAGGCUGACUUCCCAGACAUGCUCUUCAAUGGCUUUGAGACACCAGCCGCACCUGAAGAAUCCUUCUAUGUAGGCUCCAAUGGUAGCAGCUCCUUAAACUCAAUAGGGGAGUACCCACUGCCCACGCCACCUGGCAGCAACCUUGUUCAGGCCCCCUUGCCCCCUCCAUCAGCAUUCAGCUCACCUUCCAGUGGCAAAAACCCAGUCAUGAUCCUCAAUGAGCUCAGGCCAGGCCUCAAAUAUGACUUUGUGUCAGAGAGUGGGGAAAGUCACGCCAAGAAUUUUGUGAUGUCAGUAACAGUGGAUUCACAGACGUUUGAAGGUUCAGGGCGCAACAAGAAGCUGGCUAAAGCCCGGGCAGCGCAGGCAGCCCUCUCAGCUCUCUUCAACAUGCAGCUAGACCAGACACCAUCCCGACAACCCAUUCCAAGAGAGGGAUUACAGCUUCAUCUACCCCAGGUUCUGGCUGACGCCGUCUCUCGUCUGGUGGUGGAUAAGUUCAGUGAGCUGACAGACAACUUCACCUCCCCCCAUGCACGUCGGAAAGUCCUAGCAGGGGUUGUCAUGACAACAGGUACAGAUGUAAAGGAGGCACAGGUCAUUUGUGUCUCCACAGGAACCAAAUGCAUCAACGGUGAGUACAUGAGCGACCGCGGCCUGGCUCUCAACGACUGUCACGCUGAGAUAAUCGCCCGACGCUCGCUCAUCAGGUACCUCUACUCCCAGCUGGAGUUCUUCCUCAGCAACAACAAGGAAGACCAUCAGAGAUCGAUAUUCGUGCCGUGUGAAAAGGGAGGCUACAGGUUAAAGGACAACGUUCAGUUCCACCUCUACAUCAGCACCUCGCCCUGCGGAGACGCCCGGAUCUUCUCCCCUCACGAGGCCGGCGUUGAAGACCAGGGUGACAGACAUCCCAACCGGAAAGCACGGGGCCAGUUAAGGACCAAAAUUGAGUCGGGGGAGGGCACCAUCCCUGUAAGGUCCAGCAACACCAUCCAGACCUGGGACGGGGUGCUGCAGGGGGAGAGGUUACUCACCAUGUCUUGUAGUGACAAGAUCGCAAGGUGGAAUGUGGUGGGCAUUCAGGGCUCUUUGAUGAGUUACUUCUCAGAACCAAUCUACUUCUCCAGCAUCAUCCUCGGCAGUCUCUACCACGCUGACCACCUCUCAAGGGCCAUGUACCAGCGCAUCGCAGAUAUCGAGGACCUGCCACAGCAGUUCACUCUCAACAGGCCUCUACUCAGCGGUAUAAGUAACGCAGAAGCCAGGCAGCCGGGGAAGGCCCCCAACUUCAGCGUGAACUGGACGGUGGGUGACCAGGCGCUGGAGGUAAUUAAUGCAACUACAGGCAAGGACGACAUGGGCCGCGCCUCUCGUCUCUGCAAGCACGCCCUCUACAGCCGCUGGGUGCGCCUACACUCCAAGUUGUCGUCCAUCUUGUGGAUCAAGAUGCUGAAGCCCAGCUCCUACCAUGAAGCCAAGCAGGCCGCCACAGAGUACCACUCUGCCAAGCAGGCGCUCAUCAAAGCCUUCCACAAGGCCGGCCUGGGGGCCUGGGUCAAAAAGCCCAUCGAGCAAGACCAGUUCUCCAACAGCUCCUGAGGGAGUCCAGGGACCAAGGGAACCCUAAACCCUCUCUCCACUCCUCCUCUCCUGACCCAGGCCUGAAAGCAAGAAGCCCCCACCUCCCUCCCCCUUAUUAACAACCAGCCCACAGAGAGACUUACCUCCGUCCCGUGUGUCGACACGCACGUGCACUUUGUACUUGUGGAAAUAAGUGCGUCGUUUCACAAACCAUCCAUAGCUCAUCGUUGUCAUUCCUCAGAGGACGUCUGCCUCACGUUGUCUUUAACCAUCAUGUUGAUUUUUUUUCCUUUUAUUAUGAGUUCGACCCAUGAUGCUUUUUCAUCUGCUUGUUUUCUGUUUUAAAACUGGAACCAUGGUUUUUACAUGGCUGAGUUGUUUAUGUUUCCCAGAGCAAUUCUGUUUUUAUGCCGUAGAUGUAAAAAUUGAAAUGAUUGAGUUGUGUCUAUUUUUCUUGAUCGAUGAGGGUUAAAUGUAGCCUAGAAACACGGGAUCUUUGUUCACUAGAAUCAUGUGUAUGGACCUAAAUUAUAUAUAUAUAUAUCUACUAGCUAAAAUGAACCAUGACAUUUAAUUUAAAUAUGACUAAAUCUUCAGGAUGUAAAUCUAGCAUUAAAAAGAAAGAGAACAGUUAAUAUGUGGUAUUUGGUCCGGUCCUUAGGUGAGACUGUUCUUAGCCCCUCUUAUUAAAGACAAAAAUGUGACAAAAGAUCGUGGUCCUGUGUGAUUCACUGACUGGAAAGAGCAGAUUAGUACUUUGUUGUUCUUUAUGUUUUUCCAUUUCUUCAUACGUUUUCAUGUCACUCUCAUUCCAUACUUGAACCGUGGGAGGGGACUCCUCCUCCUCCUCCUCCUCCUCCUCCUCCUCCUCCUCCUCGCCUGGGUCUUGGGACAAGCUUUUUUGGAGUGGCUGCACGUUGUAUUUUUUUUUCCUCAAUCCAAGCCAUGGCUUUGCAUGGGAACUGAACUGGGAGGCGUACAGAGUCGAAGAAAAACACGUGGUGGAGAGCGUCCAUCAGUGAAUGAUUUUUUUUGAAUGAAUGCCAGCAUCUUCCUCCACAGGCAGCUUUGAAUCUUUGUCUCUAUUUUCUAGAUUUCUCGGGAUUGUUUGUUUCAGGGGGGAGGGAGGGAAUGGGCCGUCUUUUUUUUGUUUGUUUGUUUGUUUGUUUCAUUGUUGUUGUUUUCUUGUUUUUGGGGGCAUUUGAAGAAUCGGGGAUAAUACUGCAGUGAAUACCACAUAAACAGACCUCUCUCUCAGAUCUUGUAACUACGUAAACUUUGUGGCAGGGAUUCAUGGUAGCUGUCAGUUGAACUAUUAAUAGAAAGCAUGGUCUAUGUGCUGUAGAGACUCACACAGUAUAUGACGUUACAUUCACUAGAUGCAACACAGUCUGUAGUGAUAGCCUGGAAUGCUAACAUGUUGUAAUCCCUCCAUAUGAUUUAAAAAAAAAAAACAACAACAACAGAGGUCCAAUACAAUAACAUGCAUUCCCUUUAUGCAAAUAUCUGAUAAACCAGUAGGUUAUAACCAAAUGUUUCAGUGUGAUGUCACUUCCUUUCUCCUCUCUCCUCCAUCUGCAGACAUGUUAGUUUAAAGAACACCUUUGUGACUCCAACCUGCCAUCUUUACAUGCUGAAUGUCCUCUUCUUUGAAAUCUGUAAACGAGGACGUGUUUUUCCAAAAUGACUUGAGUGAAUCCAUAUUCCCAGCUGUAUGAAACACGUAUGCUAGUGCGCGUGUGUGUGUGUGUCAAAGCGUACUCUGUGGAAUCUUCACCAAAGAUGAUGAUGUCCAUCUGUGUUUCCCCUCUCUCUUUUAUUAAUAUCUCGCCCUUUUUCCUGUUAAAAAAAAUCAACCCUUUACUGUUUGCUUUUUGUAUAUCCUCUAAACACUGUAUUUUGAUUUGUACAAAAUCUGUAUAUUCUACCAGUAUGUGGGGUGGUAGGGAGGGAGAGGGGAGGGGGGGGUAAAUGAAUUGUCAGGCUUCUUUAGUGCAUCUGUAGCCGUCGGUGGCCAACGUGUAUAUUGUGACCUGCAAUCAUUACUGCUGCCGUGAAGUAUUUCUGUGUAUAUAAGGAACAACAACAACAACAACUAAAAAAAAAAAUGACAAAAUCUGUUACCUGUACAAUCAGUUCAUCCCAUCUGGAAACUGUUUGCUGGGAUUGUGAAGAUGUUAAUUUGUGGUUCUCUGUGACACGCCAGGCACCGUAAAGCAUGGCACUAACACUGCCGGGGUUAACAGGCUUCGUCCCCAUUGUAGCCACCUAUGUUAUACAAAAAGAAAAAUAUGCACUGUAUGGUGUCUCAGCUAAAAGUGGCAUCCACCAGCUGGCACGUGUGAUGUCAUAAAUGUACAUUGUUUUUAUUUUUUACGUAUAUAUUUGGUUGUUUUAUAAGUCAGCAUUAGAACAGCAGGAAGUGGAAUCUACCGGUGUCGACUUGAAGGUGGAAACUUUGAAAUUUGGUUCCAAAAAUAAUCACAGAAAAUGUCAGGAUCCAAAGCCCCCCCCACCCCUGACAAAUAGACCCAGACCAAAGUCACAAGCAAUACUCCUGAUGUCUCCUUUAAUGUCAGCUGUCACAAACAGGAGUCUGAAUGAAGUUCCCCCCCCCCCCCCCCCCGCUCCUCCACUCGCUGUUCUUCCUCUGUGUUUUUCUCUCUCUACAAAGCUGUCUGAGGUUUUAUUUUGUAUAUUUCGCCCCUUAAGACUGUCUGCUUGUAGAUUUUUUUUCUUUCUCCUUUGACUGCACUAACGAUGUCAACUGAUGAUGUCAUGAUAUAAAACCGUCCCUGUCUCUGGAUUGGAUGGCAACUAUCACAGCAAGAACUGAAUUGCUUCUGCUUAACCCUUUGUGAAUCCUCGAUGAUGGUCAGUAUCCCUUCAUGCAGCUGCGUCUGUAGUGGAUCUUUCUUUUCUUUCCUUUUUUUUUUUUUUUAUGGUGACUCCAGAGUGGUCGAUGUGUGUCCGCUCAGGGUUUCAGAUGCCCGUUCUCUCUCUCUCUCUCUCUCUCUCUCUCUCUCUCUCUCUCUCUCUCUCUCCAGCUGUCCGAUGUGUGAAAAAACCACCGACAAAAAUCCACAACCUUGCAUGUACUACCAACACUGAAGCUGCACCUCGCAUGAUGACAAAACUUUUAAAGGACUCGAGUAGAUAAAAAAAAAGAAAAUAAACAUCUAAAGAUAGAUAUAUAAAAUGAACAAAAAAGAAUAAAAGAGUUCUUAGUUUA